UAAAAUAAAAAAGGUAAACUUUUUUCCGGCGACGAAAGUUUCUACCUUGAACGAGCACGAAUGGGAUAGAGAGAGAGAGAGAGAGAGAGAUCUGCCAAUUCCAGUCGUCGUCGUGGGAUUAGGGUUUUCAUCCUCCUCUGAUCUCAUCGAAUCAUCCUACCUUCUCUCAUUUCCGCUUCAGAUUCAAUUUUCGCGCGCGUCUAUUUGUUCGAUUGAGCUGGGAUCCUCUCUAAUCUUAUCUACGUUCGAUUUGAUUAUUCAUUUCGUGAUCAUUGCUUCUCUCGAUUCGGUGGAUGGUUCUCUGUACGAAAGUCUCGAGCUUUCCUUGAAUUUUAGCUUUGUUUGAGUUGACCUUUUGAUUGCGUAUCGUUGAAUUUGGGGUUUUGAUGGAUUUGGAGAGUGAAAGCUCUGCGCUUGAGUCUAUUGGUGAUAAUGGUUUGAUCCAUCAAACUUCCAUCAACACUGCUGCUGCUGCUGCUGAUGCUGAUGAUGAUAAUAAUAAUGGUAGGAGUUUGGAUCAGGAAGGGUCCUUCUCAGACGACAGUGUGAAGCUUGUUUCGACCAGAAGUGAUGAGACAUCUGUUGACGUGGGUAAAGCGUUGAAUUUGGGUUCUUCUCACUCUCCGGUUCUUUCAAAAGGGCGUGGUUUGAGGAAAUGGAGGCGGAUCAGGAGAGACCUUGUGAAAGACACGUCUGGUAACAUGGAGAAUAGUAAAGUUCUGAAGAGAGGCUUGUCCGGCUCUCUUGCUCAUUCACAUGGUAAUAAACAGAUGCUGUUUCAGUCGCCGGAGAUUGAGCAAGAGAGUCAAGGGUCUGUUGGGUCUGUGAAUAUGUUGAAAAGUGGUGGGGGAGGUGGUGAUGGUUUUGAGAUGCUUAGGAGUGGUUUUGAUGAUGCUAGGUUUAUGGCAGGGAUUGGUUUUUCAGCUGGAAAGGAUGAUGAUCGAAGUAGCAAGUCCUCUACGCCAGUGAUUGGUAGCUCAGGUCAGAGAGGAGGGAAAGGUCGGGUAGAGAAUAGUAAGAAGCAUAGAGGAGAAAGCGUGGAGAAGGAGAACUCUCAUUCCAGCUUGGAAUCUGAUUCGAGAAAGCCUAGUAGUGGUAGCCUAAUGAUGAACUACAAGGGAAGGGUUGGCGAUGAAGCUGAUAUGAAUGGAGAAACUUCAAAGAGAAAUGAUGAUGGUGAAGAAGAGUCAUUAAACAAUAACAAUGGUUUCUCAGAGGAGCUGGAUCCGUUAACAGAGGCCAUUGAUGGUUUCAUCACCUUGCAAGAAGCUCUUGAAAAAGAGGUUCAGCACUACCGGGAGAUCGGGAAGGAGACGAUGCCACAGCAUCAUGAAGGAGCCAGUGAGGUAAGCUCACCUGGCUCAGAGAUUGUGACCCUGGUGAACACUGUUGAACAGCUGGAGAUCAAGCUAAAAGAAACAAAGUCCAUGCUUGAGGUGAAAGAAUCACACAUUCGUGAGCUCGAAUCCACCACGAACCAAAACAAACACUCGUGGGGAGGAGAAACAAGAAACGUUUAUGGAGGAACAGAGACUGUGGUCGAAGAGAUCUUCCGGCAAAGGAUCGAGGCUGAGAUUGAAUAUCUGAUAUAUUCAAGAUCCAUUGAUAAGCUGGUUGAAACACAAGAGUCACUGGCAGAGGAGCAAGCUAAUGAGACGCUGGACAAGCUGGACAAAGUUCAAACGAAGGCUGCAAGUUUAAGAAACAGAGUUCAAGACCUGCAAAACGAGUGCAUAGAAACCACAGGAAGCAUCAAGAAGAGAGCAUGUAAGAUCACUUCAUGCUUCCUUAUACAGUUAGUGUUACUGCUAACGGUAGCUUUGGUGUUCGUGUCUCAAUUGGUGCCGGAGUCGUCUGAUAUCGUUGUUGUACCCACCUGACCUUUUUGUUUUUUUUUUCGUAGCAAACUGAGUUUUUUUUUGUUCUUGGCUUUUCGCGUUUCUUGUUAGCAUUUUCAGCUAUAGUUUUUGGCCUCUUGGUUAUAGAAUCAAAAGACAUGCUACUUUAUAUUUUGUUGGAAUAAAUUCUGCAGCUGGAGAAUGGUCU